AUGCAGUGGUCUUUUUGCACUGCGCACUUCCACUGGAGACCGCUUAUGGCUUCUGUGAGGGGCUCUUGUGGCGCUUUCCCUCGCCUCGCCAGUUCCCAGUGUGGUCCCCUUCAGGCUGGUUCAAGAGCUACAGCGGCUGUAGUGCCUGUUGGGUUGAGUGCGGGUCCAAAUGGUUCUGAGCAGCUGCCUCUUCAUAGGGUUUCGUCCCGCCGAAUUUGCCCCCCUGGGUAUCUGACGGGGUUGCAAGGCCAGCGCCGCUUCUUUGGUGUGAGUGGGAGCUAUGGGUACGGGGCUUUCUACAGGGGAGAGGCCGAUCUAGAAGCACAGAGUAAUGUUCGGCUUCAGAGGCUGGAUACGGAGGAGAUACCGAAGAAAGGAAGUAUGACGCUCAAGAUGCCUGAAACGGUUGCAGUGCUUGCCGCUGAGGGAGCCCUACGAAGGCCACUGGGGCGCCCGGGGGUGUCUAUGUACCACCACCAUGUGCCCAAUAGGCCCGAAAAAUGUCUCGUUUUUUUUUCCGCCACUGCGCGAGAGGUGGGGGAGCCCGCUGCUGCUGCUAUUGUAUCCAUGCUGCAGCAGCGAGAAAGAGGAGUUGCAACGCAGCUGGUGCUUGACGGAAGAGGGGUGAAAGCCUAUUUUGACCCAGAAUGGCCGGACCUUAUGAUAAGGCUUGGGGUUGGUGUAAAACCGCUUGCGCUGCGGCGUUUGAUGGAGCAGUAUGCAACGAAGGCUAGAAUUUUUGUUGACAAAAGAGGGCUCUUGCUCACAGUGCACGGCUGGGACAAAAGGGCAGUUGGAACCCUCACAAUGGAGCUGUAUAGACACAUCAAGGCAAAUCCUUACACUGGGAAGGGGGCACGCAUUGCAUUCCACCCCAUAAAAAAGAAAGUAUCUACCAAAAAGUAG